AUGACCACCGACAUGCACGAUCCACUCGACAGGCCCACCGUACGCCCGGGCAACCCGCUCCAAGACGCCGCGAGCGACUUGUCGGCCCCUGCACCGCCUCCUCGACACUCGCCUCGGCUCGGCAACCACACCCCGCCCAGGCCGCCACCACCGCCCAAGGGCAGCUCGACAUCGACCCGCCACCAAGCCGACCGCGCCCGCUCCCCUCCUCCUCCCCCCGGCCGCCGCUCGCCCGGAGCUGCUGCCGGCCCCCUCUCGCCGCAACGGCCCACCUCGCUCGCACACGCCCAGAGCCAGCAGCACCAACCAGCAGACGCCGACCUUGAACACUUCGCCGACCUGUGCCGCAAGCUCUACUACGACAAGGACGCAGAAGCAGCUCGCCAAGUCGACUCGAUCCUGCAGCGCCUCCCUGCGCCCUUCCGCACCGCCUACGCCCGCACCAUGUCGUCCAUCCGCUCGGCCUUCCACCGCGACGAGCACGUUCGCCGCCGCGCCGAGGUCGACUCGCUCCUCGCGACGACCGCGCCCGCCGCCACCAUCAAGCGCCUCCUCGCCAUCUCGCCCGACAGCACGUCGGUCGUCGCCCUGCGCUCGGCCGCCGCACGGCAGCACCGCCGCGAGCGCCUGCGCGCCUUUGUCGCCGCCAACUGCACGGCCGCCAUGCCCGGCCCGCACCCGUUCUUCCGGGCCCUGUUCGCCGCCCUGUGGCUCCAGGCGCUCAACGACCGCAAGGGCGGCGCGGGACCGCGCUGCGUCGAGUGGACCGUCGACGUCGCCGUCUUUACCGAGGCGGGCGGCAACGAGCAGUGGGCGAGCGAGGCCGUCGAGGUGCUCAAAGGGGUUCUCGGCAUGACCGACCGCGUCCACGAGCCGUCGCACACCGACACGUUCACGACGCGCACCUCGCUCGCCGCAUCCGACACCGAGACGUCGAGCGCACACUACCACCACGUCGGCGGCGAGCCCGUCAUCGCUCCCGUCGUCUUCGAGCCGUCGUCGGUCGGGACCUCGCUCGCUGCCGGCGGCGGCAAGAAGCAGGCGCCGCCGGUUCCGCCGCACCGAGGGAGCGCUGCGGGCAGCGUGCGCCUUCGAGCGGGCUCGGACCCGUUCCUCGAGCCGCACGAGAAGCGCUCGGCACGCGCGAGCGGCGCAGCCGACGCGGCGGGCGAGCUCGGGCCUGUUGCGCUCGAGCCCCUUGCGCCUGCGUCCCCUCUUUCGCCCUCGGUCCCGCUCCUCUCGGCGCAUUCGCCCACCACGUCGUCCCUCCCUGUCCCUGUCCCACACCCUGCCCCCUCCUCGGCGGCCGCCGCCGCCUCGUCGCAGUACCGCACCUUUACCCUCGCGCCGUACCUAUCGAACCCCGAGCUGCGCGCCCUGUGCCGCCUCUUCCCGCCCUUCAUCUCGGCGCCGGCGCGCACUGCCGUCGCACACAUGCCCGCUCGGCGGCGCACGACGCGGUCGCCGGCGCCGAGGCCGGGCGACCUCGAGGCGGGCGGGCGAGGUGGGAAGGAGGAGGACGAGGAGGUCGAGGUCGUUGCGCAGGUCGGGCACGGCGAGCUUUGCGUCGGGCAGGCGAGGCGCGACGAGGGGUGGGGCGGAACGUGGUGGGAGCGGCUCGUCCUGUGGCUGAGGGCGCUCUUCGGGCUCAUCUAG